AUGGGUGUUUCAGAUCCCAAAGAAGAGAAGGAAGAGGAGGAAGUUUCCAGUGUCCUCAGCCACAGCUCUCCUGUCAGCACAGCCAGGCCUAGCAGAAGCUGGCGUAGCAGCAGGUCAGCCACUGCAGCCCGCCAGCGUGACAGUGAGAAUUCACGUGCCUCCAGAUCCAAGACUGGUUCCCUGCAGCUCAUCUGCAAGUCGGAGCCAAACACAGACCAGCUUGAAUAUGAGGUCACAGAAGAGCAUCAGUCCCCAGCUGGAAUCAGCAGUGAUGAUGAGGAGGAGAUGCUCAUCAGUGAGGAAGAAGUUCCCUUCAAAGAUGAUCCAAGAGAUGAAACAUACAAACCCCAUCUAGAGAAGGAAGCGCCAAAGCAAAGGAGAAAAGUUAGCAAGGGGAAGGAGGAAAAAGAGAAACAGAAGGAGAUUAAAGUAGAAGUUAAAGAAGAGAAUGAGUUUCAGGAAGAUGAAGAACCACCAAGGAAGAGGGGAAGGAGGAGAAAGGAUGACAAGAGCCCAAGGCUGCCCAAGAGAAGGAAGAAGCCUCCAAUACAGUAUGUCCGCUGUGAGAUGGAAGGCUGUGGCACAGUCUUGGCUCACCCACGUUACUUGCAGCAUCACAUAAAGUACCAGCACUUGCUGAAGAAAAAAUAUGUGUGUCCUCAUCACCACACAGAUCAAAGGGACUACAUCUGUGAGUACUGUGCUCGGGCAUUUAAGAGUUCUCAUAACUUGGCGGUGCACCGAAUGAUCCAUACAGGCGAGAAGCCCUUGCAGUGUGAGAUCUGUGGAUUCACCUGCCGGCAGAAGGCUUCCCUCAACUGGCAUAUGAAGAAGCAUGAUGCGGACUCCUUCUACCAGUUCUCCUGCAACAUUUGUGGCAAGAAAUUUGAGAAGAAGGACAGCGUUGUAGCCCACAAAGCCAAGAGCCACCCCGAAGUGCUUAUUGCUGAAGCACUGGCUGCCAACGCGGGUGCCCUGAUCACCAGCACUGACAUCCUGGGCACUAAUCCUGAGGCCAUUGCACCACCCACCGAUGGCCAGGGCCUCCCCCUUCUUCCCGACCCCCUGGGAAGUGCUGCUCCAGCAGAUUGCCUGCAUGGGAUGCCGAAGACAUACUGCGGUGGGGCAGAGCGUGUGAGCUUGGUGGCUGACGGCAAGCUCUUUGUGGGCAGUGGUAGCAGUACAAACCCAGAGGGGCUGGUCAUGAACACAGAGAUCCUGGGAGCCACCACAGAGGUGCUCAUUGAAGAUUCAGACUCCACUGGACCCUAGUGGACAGGGAGCAUGUGGAUGCUGGGACAGUUUGGACUCUGUAUUUAAAAGGAGAGGGGGAAAAAAAAAAAGAGGAGACACUUACUGAAAGAGAGAAAAGUUAAACAAAACUUACAAUACUAGUAAAUAAUCAAAGGGUCUGCUCCCCUCCAGUGUGGAUCACAGCACAUCCUCUUUCUCCCAACCACUUCUGUCUCUCCCACUGCUCCUUUGUAGA